CAAAACUGGCACUUGGAACGAAGAAACACCAAGUGUAUUUACUAUACAGAUAGAACUGCUUGCUCUGAGAUGACAGCCGCCGGUCAGUUUCCGUAGUGUAGUGGUUAUCACGUUCGCCUCACACGCGAAAGGUCCCCGGUUCGAAACCGGGCGGAAACACGGCUUUUUUUUUUUUUCCCCCCCCCUUCCUACUACGAAAUUCUUACAGUGUGUAUCUUUUAACGAUUUUUCAGGCCAUCAUAAAUUUCCUGUCUUCCUGUCUUACGAGGUCGGGGCAGCGGUGCUUAGGGCGGGCCUCAGAGGCUCACACACGUAUCGCCACCGGGAGAACCGGCUCUCUCCGGCUUGAACUCGGGGCGGCUCCCCGCCUGCAGCCCCGGAAGCGCAUCCUCACCUUCCUUCGCCUUCCUGUUCCUGGCAGUGCCGGGCUCCCCUCGUCUUCUCUAUCUUGGGGCUGGUGCUGGCCCUGCCCACGCCUAGGGCUCCGGCGCGUCAAGGGCCUCAGCUGGGAUUCCCGUGCCCCUCGGACGGCCACGAGACUCGGACAUCUUUCCAGGAGCAGUGUGAGGAGGACAGAAACACCCACCAGGACUGCUCAAGCCGCCUGCCAACACUGCUGCCACCAUGCCGAAGAGAAAGGCAAAAGGAGAUGCCAAAGGUGAUAAAGCAAAGGUGAAGGAUGAGCCACAGAGGAGAUCAGCGCGGUUAUCUGCUAAACCAGCUCCUCCAAAACCAGAGCCCAGGCCUAAAAAGGCCUCUGCAAAGAAGGGAGAGAAGCUUCCCAAAGGGAGAAAGGGGAAAGCAGAUGCUGGCAAGGAUGGGAACAACCCUGCAAAAAACCGAGAUGCCUCUACACUCCAGUCCCAGAAAGCAGAAGGCACUGGGGAUGCCAAGUGAAAUGUACAUUUUUGAUAGCUCUGUCUUAUAGUGAUUCUACUGUUUGAAAUACUAUUUUUUUAAAUCAAGUUUUAUAAAACCGUAGAAUUUUGGCUCUCUUUUUUAAGUUAUGUUGUUAGCACAUAGGACACUUCCUUGUUGUCUUUUGUGGAAAGGGCAAAUACCACUAAUAGGGUGUAUCUCAGAAACUGAAUUGAAAUAGGGGAAAAUGGGAUUUUCUGUCCUGUUUGAAGAUUAUUCUUGAUUCCCUUGAUUCCCAGGAGAGAUUCUCUGACAUUCACAUGUCAGCCACUUUGGCACAGAAGCCUUACAGUGUGGGGAACCAAAACUUCGUGUCUCCUCUUUCCCUGAUGCCAUCAGCAUAGACUUGACUUCCUUACACCAAGAGUCUUGAUGUGGCCUUGGCAAUCCUAAAAUCAACUGUGUUAGGUAACAAAACUCAGGCUUUCUGUUGAUAACAUCGAGAUGGUGUCACUCAAAAGAGCCAAGAUUCCUGUUUUCAGUUUGUGGAUCCAUCCUGCUGGUUUUACUUUAUUCCCUCCAUGUCGAAGUGGGCCUGUGAAAAGCUCAUACAGGCAUGUGAAGUGUCCACCCUUUCUGAAAAUCUUUCUUGUUCAAAACAGCAACAACCUAUGUUGUUAACUUUUACAGUGACUUUUAGAGGAGGGGAGUUUGGAAAUUGUAAAAUGUUAUAGAUUGUUGCCUAUUUCCUGCUGAAAGUAAAUGUUUUUAAAAAGUAUCAUAUAAAGCUGAAUACAAGUUGGUUUGGGGGGAGAUCCUUUCCUACCCAAAGUCAUAAAUAUGUUCUUUACUGCCUUGUAGAAAUUUUAUACUUUUGCCUUUCACAUUUGUCUUUAGUCUCUCCUGAAUUGAUUUUUGUGAAAAUUAGGAGUUAGAAAUUCAAUUUAACAUUUUUCAUAUUUCAAAGUGGUUGUCUCUGCACUAUUUACUGAAAAGUUCAUCCUUUCCCCAGUGAUUUGUAACACUGCCUCUUUCAUAAAUUAAAUUUUUGUGUACGUGUGUGGGUCUUUUGAUGGUUUCUAUUCUGACUGACAUCAAUGUGUCUAAUCUUAUAGCAGUACAAUACAGUCCUGAUUAUUGCAACUUUAGGAAAAGGUCUGAUAAAAACCAAGAUGCCUCCACAUUUUGUCAUAAUUUUAGCCAAUUUCACCUCUGUCUCCAAUAUCACCACAAAAUUUUUCUUCCUUGGAGUGUCUUGGCUAUUCUUAGCCAACUGUUCCUCCAUAUUACUUCUAGAAUUAGAUCAACAACUUGUAAAUCAAACAAACCCAAGAACAUUGAAAUUUUGAUUGGAUUUGUAUUGAAUUUAUAGAUUAAUCUGGUAAGCCAUGUCAUCUUUACAAUGUUGUCUUCCAAUACAUGAAUAUGGUUCAGCUCUCCAUUUACUUAGGCCUUUGAAAUAUCUUUCAAUAAAGUUUAUAAUUUUCUCCA